GAGGAGAUCAGCCCCGAGGAUGACCAGCGAGCCAACCGCACGUUGUUCCUGGGCAACCUGGACAUCACCGUGAGCGAGUCAGAUUUACGCCGAGCUUUUGAUCGCUUUGGGGUCAUCACGGAGGUGGACAUCAAAAGGCCGGGGCGCGGGCAGACCAGCACCUAUGGGUUUCUUAAGUUUGAAAACCUGGACAUGGCACACCGGGCCAAGUUGGCCAUGUCGGGAAAGGUGCUUCUCCGUAACCCCAUCAAGAUUGGGUAUGGUAAAGCCACUCCGACCACCAGGCUCUGGGUGGGUGGCCUGGGACUGGCGGAGGAUGGAGGCCGGCACUUGGACCGCUCUCCAGACAGUGAGCGCUCUUCUUCCUCCCGUAAGCGUCACUGUUUAACCACAACCUCCCCUCCGGACCGCAGCCCCGAGCUCCUUGGAGGGAGGGAGCGUUACAGUAGUGACCCCGAGCGCUCCUCCUCCCGCUUGCUCCUCUUGGAGCGGCCUUCUCCUGUCCGGGAAUCUCGCAGGGGCAGCCUGGAGCGGGGGCAGAACGAAAAGCGCGACCGCAAGAAUUCCGCUGAACGGGAGCGGAAACAUCGCGCUUCCGCGGCAGCCGCCGCGCCGGAGGGCAAAAGUCCAGCCAAAAAGGAUGAACGUGCUCUGGAAGGAGGUGGUGGAGGCUCCCGCCUCAAGCCUCCUCCUCAGAAGAAGAAGGGAGGGAGGAAGGAAGGAAGGAAGGAAGGAACGGAGGAAGGGAGCCCGUCCAACAUGCAUCUGCUUCAGGGGGACCUCGGUGUUGCCAGCAGCCUCCUCGUGGAGGGAGCGACUGGUGGGAAAGUAGCUCAGCUCAAGAUCACCCAACGUCUUCGCCUGGACCAGCCCAAGCUGGACGAGGUCAAUCGCCGCAUCAAAGUGGCGGGUCCCAAAUUGGCUGUGCCUGGCGCAUCAGACAACCGCUCCGCAGCCGGAGCUAGCGAGGCCGCCACCACCUCCACCCAGAGGCCACUCAGGAAUCUGGUGUCCUAUCUAAAGCAAAAGCAGGCUGCUGGGGUGAUCAGCCUCCCUGUGGGGGGUAACAAAGACAAGGAGAACAGCGGGGUCCUGCACGCGUUUCCACCGUGCGAUUUCUCCCAGCAAUUCCUGGACUCCACGGCCAAGGCGCUGGCCAAAUCAGAGGACGACUAUCUGGUCAUGAUCAUUGUCCGCGGGGCAUCCUAAGGCCCUCGUUGUUCUCUGUACCCAACCCUGCCUCUUCCACCCAGACCCCUUCCAGCGUGUGCCAGGUGCUAUGGGAUACAGCCUUAGCCAGCCCUGUUGUUAUUUUAAAUUAGACCUUGGUUUGUAGGUGACUUUUUUUUUUCCCUGCCCGUUUUUCUGUUACUGUUUUUUGUUUCUAUAAAGUUAGAAGCCAGAAAGGUUGGAUAGCCGUUAGCAAGAAUAGGAUAUUUCGGGAAUCCCCUGGCGGUGGGGACAGCAGGGAGGCUCGGCCUGCUUUGAUUUACAA